AUGUCAGUUGAGGACAUGGAGUUUGAUAGUAGUGUCGGCACUAAUAGUGAGAUUAAUAGCGAUUCACUGCCGGCACCGGAACCCCAAUCACCAACACAUCCAUUGCCGCCAAAAUUAGCCCAAAAUAACGGCAAAUGGUUUAACGUCGGGAACGGUAUUCAUAAAAUGAUGAACACCUGUAGUCCAGUCAGUGUUUGUCCACCAGUGGUAGUGCCAAAUGGACAUUCAUCGCCCGCACCCACUCAACCAAUUAAACAAAUAGUGUCUACACCUAUACCCUCGCCAUUAACGCCGGGCUCUCACCCCUCGGCGCCCAUCAAUUAUCUGGACGUUGAACCUAAUCCGACAGGUUUUACCACAACCGCCAGUUCCCCACACAUGCCAUACAUUACAUACACUGCAUGUGUGGGCACAGUAUGGGUGACGGGUAUGUCAUUUCUGUUAGCCGAUCAUCGGGCGGUCAUACGGUUAUCAAUGAUAUUUAAAGCAAACACCGGUGCCAUUGAUCCGAACGCUAUCUGUUUGGCGAACUGUCCGAACCGGGAGACGGCGGACAGGGUUUACCCCCUGUUCAACACAAUGCACUCAUUUGUACCCUAUUUUCUCAUGACUGACAAAGAGUUGGCGCAACUCAACGAAUCAAAGCGAUUGUUUGACGAGAAGUGCGGCCAAUGUUGUGGCACUACCUGUGCAACAGUCAACGCUGACACCCAUACGGUAGCCCCUGUAGACCCGCCGGGCAGUAGUGAACAGAACCCGAUUGACUACUUAGGACUACCGGUAACUGGAAAACAGUUUACGGUAAACACCAGUUCCCCGCACUUGCCUUACGUGACGGCUAUGGUUAAGGUUAGAGGCCUAUGGUAUAGGACCGGACAGUUUCCCAACGCCUAUCAGUUGGCCCUCAACCGACUGUUACAACUGGUGGACAAACACCGGCCCACCGAUGGUAGGCCUAUGACUGAGGACGAGUGGGAACGAGUGGCCGCACACAUGCCUCGUAUCAGGGAUUGCAAUAAACUCGAUGUAGUGUUUGACUCAAAACUGUGCCAAAACUAUGUGCUAAACGCUCUGGACUUAUAUAAAAAGACACUAGAUGUGUGCCCAAACAUGGAUAGGGCCGGCAUAGCGUUUCCCAUGUUUAACGCCCUUUACGUGUUUAGCCCGGAGCGUGUGGUGUCGGACGCCGAGUGCCGCGACAUUAAGCGUUUGCGGCAAUUAUUUGGGCGCACAUGUAUGACAGCUCCCUAUUUAGUUGACCAGCCCCUACAAGCGGUUGAUAUAUUAGGUGAAAUGCCAUCUAAUUCUGGCCCUAAACAACCGCGAUGCAGCAAAAUUGCUGAACUACGUGACUUAAAUGCAAGGUGUGUGAAAAUCACCCGGGACUAUGUGGACGCAUUUAACCAUCUGUGUCACUGUGUGGGCCAAACGGUCGUAACGGUGGGCCCGUUUACCAUAGAUAACCAAGAGUUGUUUUGGUCGCACGUAUCGCAACAAAUGCUGGACUCAAAUACUGAUUACAGAUUAUACAGUAACUCCAUAUGUCGUCAGAUGUUUAGCGAUCACGUGACCAAAUAUUAUAAAAUUGCUUUGAAACAUUUGCCAAACUAUACCAACGCUGUGGACAUUUACCCGCUCUUCGCUGUGGCCGCUUUGGCGUCUAUGGCUCGCACCAGACCCACAUGCAAAUCUCUGAACCAGGUGGAGGCGCAUAAAAUCCAUGCGCGCUCGUUGGGCUCAUCCAGCUCCUGA